AUAACACACUAGUCGGUGACUACCUAGCUGUAACUAGCUAGUCGGUAUAUGUGCACUAUGAAGUUCGGGAACCGCUAGCCGAAGUACCCUAGACCUUCCCGUGACAGUGUACACAGAUCAAGGUUAACCUAUUAUUUCUAUCCCUAGAACACACUGGCCAGUUUCAGUAGGACAUUAACACUUCGAUUACAGUAGGAGUAUAUGUUGUCUAUUCGCUCCUAUUGAGACUGUCGGAGAAAUUCGCGAUUCCUAAUUGGAUCUGAAAGACUUCUCAUAAAAACGUCAAACAAUACCAUCACGAUGUUUUGGACUUACCAACGCAAUAACAACACACAUUUUAAGAAAUAUGUUAGCAGUGCAAAGAUCAUGAGAAUCGUACGUAAAGGAUUGAUAUUAACCCCAGCGAUGCUGGCAUUCUGGUGCGUUUGGAGCUUCGUAAGGGCAGACCUUGAAAUUUCUAAACCUUUCCUGUUUCAACCUACACUAAAUUGCAUUCAUCAGUCUCCUAAAAGUAUCGUGAUUACCGUGAUCAGCAAAGCGUCCAAUUCCUUACAACGCGAAACGAUACGACAAACAUGGGGAAGCAGACAUAUGCAAAAAAAGUAUAAUUUUAGUCUAUAUUUCUUGCUCGGUACAGAGAAAAAGGUUAUCCUUGAUAACGAAAUUAAUUUAAAAGGUGAUAUAAUACAGGCAGAUAUCGCUGAAAGCUACUUCCACUUAACAGAGAAAACAGUUGAAGCAUUUAAAUGGAUGACUCUUUUCUGUCACAAAGCAGACUAUUUCUUCAAAACCGAUGAUGAUGUGUUUUUCGACCUUGAGUUUCUCAAAGAAAUCCAAGCAGAUGGCAAUUAUUUACCAGAUGACGUCAUUCUUGGCCAUUGUGUGUUUAAUGUAGGCCCAUCGAGAGGUAAUACGACAAAACAUGAUGUUUCAUACGAGGAAUAUCCAUUCCAAGAGUACCCGCCAUACUGUGGAGGACCCGGAUAUAUGAUGACUUUGAAAACCGCGAGAAAAGUGUAUCGUAAGAUGCUGACAACUCAAGUGUUUAAGUUUGAGGACGUUUAUCUCGGUAUAGUUAUCUCGAAAUUAGGCUUACGUGUGAAGGAUGUGAAAUAUUUUGUUCAUUUGAUGAACAAGGAAAAUAGGAAUCAAAGUUUCUUUGUGAGGUGUUCUCGAGUGAUCCAUAAUUUGACACCAGAUUUCGUUCAGCUGUUAUGGGAUGAAAUCGGAAGCAUGAAGAGAUUUAGAGACGACUGCGUGUGAGCGAAGCUACAUGCGUGGCAACACAUUUAAACAAUAUCACUUAUUUCGUAUUUUAGUCCUAAGUAUGUACGGAACAAUAUACCAUUUGAAUAAUUUCAAUGAUGUGAGAAGAUGAAAACAGAUUGUCUAUUAUAUUCGUUUUAGUCUUUUUUCCAUUGAAAGGCAAAUAUGAUAUUUUUUUAUUUUUCAUGUUACCUUACUGAUACCUUGUAUUAUCAAAGGCGUUGUAAUAUUUAUUACCGGUGCAAGUUUUGCUUGAAUAAAUUUGCGAUAUUUGAAUUCUUUG